AUGUCAAAUAAUUCAACAGAAUUGCCCGUACUAGGUGAAACUCAGUGGACGCGAAAUAUUAAAUUCGGUAUUUUCAUCGCACUUGAACCACCUGCACUCAUUUGCAACACCAUUCUGGUUUAUUAUCUUAUUUUUAAUCGGACGCUGCGUUAUACUCUUCAUUAUCAUGCUGUUUUGGCAUUACUCAUUGUCUGUCUAUUAACAAAUCUUAUUGAAGUGCCACGUAUUAUACAUUAUUUACACAUUGAUAUUGUUCUUCCACCAACAAAUAUUAACUGUUUGAUCUGGCAAUUGGGCGAUUACCUUCUUUUUGGUUCCUUAAAUGUUUUCUUACUUUGGGCUUCGAUUGAACGACAUCUAUUUAUAUUUCAUAGCAAUCUUUAUACGACAGCUAAACGUCGUUUCUAUUUUCAUUACUUGCCAUUAAUAUCAAUUGCCGUUUACCUCAUUCUAUUCUAUAUAGGAGCUAUCUUUAUUUACCCAUGUGAUACAAAUUUUGACUUUACUCAACCUAUUUGUGGUUAUCCAUGUUACACAGCUUCCCCAAAUAUUUCACUCUAUGACUAUUUCGCUCACAGCUGUGUUCCUCUCAUUUUGGACAUUUUAUUGGAUAUUGGUCUCGUCAUACGAGCGAUGCGUCAUAAACGAAUAGUUGUGAACCAGCAACGGGAACAAGUCGUUCAAUGGCGAAAAUAUCGUAAAAUGAUGUUUCAACUUCUACUGAUUUCAAGUCUUUAUUCAGUACUGCAAAUUCCUUUUGUUGUGGUACAACUUAUACCUCUGUUUACUAUUUUAUCUCCACUGGGUGUUUAUUUGCAGGCAGUUUACUUCUACUAUUUCUUUUGGUUGCUCACACUUCUUUUGCCAUUUGUUUGCAUUGGAUGUUUACCAGAAGUGGUGAAAAAAGUUAAAGAUUUAUUCACGAGAUGGACCAGACGAAACACAAUGAUCGUACCGAUCAUUACUAAUCGGUUGCAGAGUAGACAAUAA